AUGAAGGUGCGUUCCAAGAAGCCCGUUUGGUUCCUGUUCAAGGUCUUGGAGGUGCUCUUAAGCCUGUCCUGCUGCCUCGUCCACUGGAACUGUUUCCGGCAUCGUGGUGUCCCGCAUGUCUUCCUGCUGUGCGCCGCCUAUGGUGGCUCUGUAAUUAUUGGAAUUUUAUCCAUAAUUGGUUCAUUUUAUGCGGAGAAACCGAAAAUGAAACAUGAGGCAGCACACGCUGGUAUACUCGGUGCCUUUCACCUGUUCACCCUGUUCGCUCACAUGCACUUGGUCACCAUGAAGAAGUAUCAUCCCCAGGAUUGGGUUAGCUUCUAUAGAUGCAGCCGGAACAAUGCCAUGGUUGCCCUCUAUGCCGCCGCUAUUUACUUUCUGCACUUGACCUUUGCCCUGGACCUGAUGCUCUCACACAAAUUCAAAGCGAAGAGGCAUCCGGUGAGGAGUAAGCGUCCGCUCAGCCUCUAUUUCAUCAGUCCGGGGGUGGAGGCGUAUGUUAGUCGUUUCUGGUGGUUCCAGCACUUGGCCAGCAAGAUGCUAACCAGUGCCCAGCCCUCGGAGCAUUCCAGCAGGAACAGGAAUAUGUCCUUUGACACGGAAUCGGAUGAAGAAGAGCAGCGAGUGUCCGUAACGAAGCAGCCGGAGGAGGCCAGAAAUUCGGGGGUGUUUCGAAGGUCGGGCGAGAUGAGAGAGCUUCCCAUAUAAAUUGUUUAAUUAGUUAAUUUUAAUUAUAAAAUAUUAAUCCUA